UCAAUCAAACAUAACCUUUUUUUGUUUUAAUAAACAGAAAUAAUUUGUCACGUGUUAAUUAGUUAAUUAAUUAAUUAAAUUUAUUUAUUUACAUACUUUUAAAUAUUUAUGUCUUGAGUGCACGUGGAUUAUAUAUUGGAUGUAACAUAAAUAUAUGUGACUGUCAUAAAAAUGGGAUAUGGUAAGAGACCAGUACGUGGUGGCAAGAGAAAACUAGACCGCCGUAACUCAAAAUCAAUUCCAAAGCCAAAAGCCAAAAAGGGUAAAUUUAAUUUACGCGAAUCCUCAUACGUCAAAGAACGCGAUGCCAAAAACGCGGAGAUUGAAAACCGAAGAAAAAAAAUCGAAGAAGAAGAAAAAUUGAAACAACGCGAAGAGACGUCCGAUGAAGAAGAAGAAGAUCCAAUGAAAACGUUGAUGUCAACUUUUUCCCACAAAAAUUUAAAUAAAACUAAAGUCGUGUCUGAGUCAGAGUCUGAAUCAGAAUCCGAAGCUGAAGUUGAAGCCGAAGCUGAAUCCCGAGAUCAAUUAAAUAAUGAAACUGAUGUUGAGAUCGACAGCUCUGAUGAAUCAGCCAAUGAAACUGAUGAAAUAAAAUCAGAUAAAAAAUUAGAUCGUGAAGAAGAAGAUCCAGAAGCUGAAGAUGAUGAAGAUUUUAAAUUAACAAUUCAAGAAAAUGAAGAAGAUGACGAGACAGCACGCGAAGACUCCGGUAUCAUAAACGAUCCAUUUUCCCUCCACUUAAUAAAUGAUCUAUCAGAUGAUUUGUAUGCCGCAGUGUCGAGUCUGAAGCCGUCUAUCGAAACCCAUCAGUCGACUUGGCCAGCUCUCGGCAAACUGAUAAUCCAAAUUCCGAAAUGUAAUCCAGCUCCCGCUCCAGGUACUAAAGCCUGCGAUUUUAUAAAAGAGGACAAGAGAUACACCGACCCUGGUACCGUUCCCCUGGCGAUCCGCGACAUCGAUUGGAAUAAAUUGUUUAUCAAAAAUCAAAUCCAGAACAAUAUUACCAAAGCUAAUUACAAAAAUAUAAAUGAUAAUUUAGAUGAGAAUCCCAGCGCAUUGACCCCAACUCAGAAGGAAUUAUUUUCCAUAGUAAAUAAUUACCAGGAUUUGCUGUUCUGCGAGCGUACAUUCGACAACGAGAGCGAAAUUAUGUUCACUUAUUGCCUGCAUACAAUAAACCAUUUGCUGAAAACGCGGACUAAAAUUUUGCACCACAACGCCAAGUUGUCAAAAGCCAACAAUUCAUUGGCGCAAAUACCCGACGAGUAUCGCGACCAAGGUCUCGUCAGACCCAAGGUUCUCAUUAUUGUGCCGUUCCGUCACUCGUGUCUGAAAAUCGUCGAGUUGUUGAUCGAAAUAUUAAUCGGCGACGACAAAGGCGGCUCCGUUGUUAACAAGAAACGAUUUAUUGACGAAUUUGCCGGGGGCGAUACUCUGCGGAUGCCGAAAAAAAAUCCCAAGCCAGAGGAUUACGAGAAAAUAUUCAGCGGGAAUAUUGACGAUACUUUCAAAAUAGGAAUCGCGUUGACGAAGAAAACUUUGAAACUCUACUGCGACUUUUAUUCGUCUGAUAUCAUAAUCACGUCGGUGUUGGGGCUGCGAAUGUUAGUCGGCGCGGAUGGUGAAGAGAAUCGCGACUAUGAUUUCCUGUCGUCCAUCGAAUUAUUGAUCAUGGAUCAGUGCGAUUUAUUUUACAUGCAGAAUUGGGACCAUUUAGUCCACAUUUUAAAUCACUUGCACUUACAGCCGAAGGAACUGGACCACGGGACUGAUUUUUCCCGGGUCAGAAGCUGGGCCGUCAAUGGCUGGGCCAAAUAUUACCGGCAGACUUUGAUAUUUUCGGGUGUACAUUUACCGGAAAUUCACUCGGUGUUCAAUAAAUUCUGUCACAAUUACGCGGGUAAGAUAAAAGUUAUGAACCCGGUGUCCAAUGGUUCGAUUUGUCAAGUAGUCGUUCAGUUGCAGCAGGUGUUUUAUAAAGUAGACGCUGCUAAUUACCAGCAGGCCAUUGACGCGCGGUUUGAUUUCUUUGUAAAUAAAAUAUUGCCGCAGUACAAAGACAGUAUUAUGAAUCACACGUUGAUUUUUGUACCUUCUUACUUCGAUUACGUAAAAUUACGUAAUUAUUUUAAAAAAGAAGACUUGAAUUUCGUGCAGAUCUGCGAGUAUUCGAAAGACGCGAAAAUAGCGCGGGCUCGGGAUAUGUUUUUUCACAGCGACGCGCAUUAUUUGGUUUAUUCAGAACGUUUUCACUUCUUCAGGCGCAUUACUGUCAAAGGCAUACGUCAUUUGAUAUUUUACGCGCCGCCGACGUUCUCAAAUUUUUAUAGCGAGAUGUGUAAUUUUAUGCACGAAGCGAAUCAGAAUCCGAGGGCUGGCUCGGAUAAUAAUAUGACUGUUACGACAUUGUAUUCGAAGUAUGAUAAUAUGCAAUUGGCGGCGAUACUCGGUACUGAACGUACGAGUAAAAUGAUUGCUUCUGAUAAAAAAAUACACAUGGUUAUGACUGGAGAGUAAUUACAUUGUAAAUUUAUUUUUAUAAAUAUAUAUAUAUAUAUAGUGGAAAGACUUAAUAAUGCACAGAAAGUUUUUUAGAAUAUGAACUCGACGUAGAACUGAAAAAAUUAAUUUGUUGUUAAAUUUAUAAAUCUUUGUGUACCUGAAGAUUGGAACGUUUUCUACACAAUGAAAAAAAAAAUUGGAAAGUAAAAAAUCUACGGGAUACUAGAUUUCAGAAAUUUUUCGCAUACAGAUGCUGGUAUGUCAGCCGAAAAUCUUCGGCCAACCCGAACUUCUGGAACUACUCCUUAAGCAGUCAAAUUACAUGAAUUUUUUUCAUUUUCGAUGCGCGAUAAACUUUCUAAUCUUUAGGUACAUAAAUCUUUUUGGUUUUAUAAAUAAUUAUUUAGGUACCGUGUAAAAAAAUGUCGUUGAAAAAAAGUUGAAAAAUUGUAGAUUAUUUUGAACUUCGCAACAUGACAGAAUGACGAAUUUUUUUUAAACGGUUUUUAACGGGAGAAGCUGGUCUGAGAUACAAAAAAAAAGAGGAUAUUUUUGUGAUUUUUUUUUUUAGAGUACCUUCGUUAUUAAAAUUCUCAAAAUUUGUGACAUUAUUAAGCAUUAUAUCAAGAAUAUUCUGUGAAAUUUUCAUAAAAAAAUAUUGAAAAAUGAGCCAGUGGUAGUAGGGAGAGACGAGUCAUCUCAAAAAAAAGUCUCCAUAGGCAGGAUAACUCAUGACUGCCUCAUCUGAAAUAAAAAAACCAAAAAGAUUUCUUUGGUACAUAAGUUUAUCUUGGAUUUGAACGAAGGAAUAAACGAAAUAUCCAUUUUUGAAUUUUUGGUAAAGGUGCAAUCAAAAGACUCUGAUUUUUUCCAAAAAUUGCUCCUUUUGUUUAAUUAAAAAAUAAGUAGUUAUUAAAAAAAAAAAAAUCUUUCGUUCAAAUCUAAGAUAAACUUAUGUAUUAAAGAAAUCUUUUUGGUUUUUUUAUUUCAGAUGAGGAAGUCAUGAGUUAUCCUGCCUACGCCAUGGAGCCUUUUUUUAAGGUGACUCGUCUCUCCCCACUUUCACUGGCUUAUUUUUUAAUAUUUUUUUAUGAAAAUUUCACAGAAUAUUCUUGGAAUGAUGCCUAAUGAUGUCACCAAUUUUGAGAAUUUUAAUAACGAACGUACUCUAAAAAAAAAAUCAAAAAUAUCCUCUUUUUUUUGUAUCUCUGACUAACUUCCCCGCUUGUCAUCUCUCAGUAGUCUAAUUACGUAUUUUUUUUUUAUUUUUAUUUGCAAAAAAUGUUCCGGUCUUCAGGUACAUUCAGAAAAAAUGAAUUUUGAACUUUUUCUUAACUUUUUUUUUUAACAUAUCUUAAUAAUAUCAAAAUAUUCAUUGAUUUCCCUCUUAAAUUUUCAAAAGUUUAAAAAACAGUCACUUAAAGUCGUCGUUGUAUCACGUUUUGAAGUCUGGAAUAGUCAACGUUUUUUCAACAAUUUUUUUUUUUUUUCAUUGGUAUAAUAAUUUUUAUUUAAAUUUUUAACUCUUAGUCAUUAUUAAGUUAUUUUGGAAGACGAAUUUUCAAAAUAUAUUUUCUGGGGUCAUCGAUCUAAUGAUCUUUCAAUAAUCUUUUAUAUCUUGUAAAAGAUAUUAUUAAAUAAUUGAUUUAUCAACA